UGUAAUAAUCCAGCAAAUCAACUGCUCAGAUGAAUGAGGUGGCGUCAAAUUUUUAAACAGCCAAACCAAGUAGCAGACACUGGCGAAAUUUCCAUCUUCACCCGCUCUCUUCCAUCUGCUUCUACUCCAUUUUCUCUCUACCCGACCAGAUACUCCAUUAUCGACCCAGAGCUGAGCUCAAACUUCAGCUUUUUUGGUUACUUAACCCUCUGUGAGAGGGGAACCUUCUUCAGUUGAAAACUCAAUGGCGACUGUGAUCGAGGGCCAGUUUCCGUACAGGAUUUUGGCUCAGAAUAGCUCUUCUCCUUCUUCUACUUCUAAUCCAGUAGAUGCCGUCAUUUUCUUCGGAUUAUGUUUGGUGCUUGGGAUUGCUUCCAGGCAUGUUCUGCGUGGUACUAGAGUUCCUUAUACUGUUGCUCUGCUCGUCAUCGGAAUUGCUCUUGGAUCCUUAGAAUAUGGUACAAGUCAUGGAUUGGGGAAGAUUGGGGACAGCAUUCGAAUUUGGGCACACAUUGAUCCUGACCUUUUGUUGGCUGUUUUCCUUCCUGCCCUUCUUUUUGAGAGUUCUUUUUCAAUGGAAAUGCACCAAAUCAAGAGAUGUAUGGCACAAAUGCUUCUACUUGCUGGUCCAGGAGUUCUAAUCUCAACAUUCUGUCUUGGGUCUGCUCUGAAGCUUGCUUUUCCAUAUAACUGGAGCUGGAAAACGUCAUUGUUGCUGGGUGGACUUUUGAGUGCUACUGAUCCUGUGGCUGUUGUUGCUCUGUUGAAAGAGCUUGGUGCAAGCAAAAAAUUGAGUACAAUAAUUGAGGGCGAAUCCUUGAUGAAUGAUGGGACAGCAAUUGUGGUAUAUCAGUUAUUUUACCGGAUGGUCCUUGGAGAGAGCUCCAACUGGGGCGGAAUAGUAAAAUUUCUGGCGAAAGUCUCUCUUGGAGCUGUGGGCAUUGGUCUUGCUUUUGGAAUUACAUCUGUUCUGUGGCUUGGAUAUAUUUUCAAUGACAUGGUGAUAGAGAUUGCAUUGACACUUGCUGUGAGCUACAUUGCUUACUUUACUGCGCAAGAGGGUGCUGAUGUUUCUGGCGUUUUGGCAGUGAUGACUUUGGGAAUGUUUUAUUCUGCAGCUGCUAGGACUGCUUUCAAGGGUGACGGUCAACAGAGCUUGCAUCACUUUUGGGAAAUGGUUGCAUAUAUUGCAAAUACACUAAUUUUCAUCUUGAGUGGUGUUGUUAUAGCUGAAAGUGUUCUCGACAGUGACAAUAUUUUUCAUAACCAUGGUAAUCACUUUUUAAAUGGAAAUUCAUGGGGCUACCUGUUUCUUCUAUAUGUUUUCGUGCAAGUCUCUCGGUUUAUAGUAGUUGGAGUUUUGUUUCCAUUUUUAAAAUACUUUGGCUAUGGUUUAGAUUGGAAGGAAGCUACUAUUCUCAUAUGGUCAGGUUUGCGGGGAGCUGUUGCAUUGUCACUCUCGUUAUCUGUUAAGCGCACCAGUGAUAGCUCAACUGUUCUCACUUCUGAAACGGGAACCCUGUUUGUUUUCUUCACCGGAGGAAUCGUAUUUCUGACACUUGUUGUGAAUGGAUCAACUACACAGUUUCUUUUGCAUCUUCUAGAUAUGGAUAAGCUAUCAUCUGCCAAGAAACGUAUAUUGGAGUACACAAAGUAUGAAAUGUUGAAUAAAGCAUUGGCAGCUUUUCGUGAUCUUGGAGAUGAUGAGGAACUUGGACCUGCUGACUGGCCAACUGUUAAAAGAUAUAUUGCAAGCUUAAAUAAUUUAGAAGGAUGCGUAGACCCUAGAAACAGAACUGAAUCUAACACUAAUCUAGACCCGACAAAUUUGAAAGAUAUCCGUGUACGCCUUCUAAAUGGUGUUCAAGCUGCUUACUGGGGAAUGCUUGAUGAGGGAAGGAUAACACAAAUGACUGCAAAUAUUUUGAUGCAAUCUGUAGAUGAAGCAAUUGACAUGGCUGCUACUGGGCCUUUAUGUGAUUGGAAGGGCUUAAAAGCUAAUGUUCAUUUCCCAAAUUAUUACAGGUUGCUUCAGGCGAGCAUUUGCCCACGCAAACUGGUUACCUAUUUUAUUGUAGGGAGACUGGAAUCUGCUUGCUACAUUUGUGCUGCAUUUCUACGUGCCCACAGAAUUGCACGAAGACAACUGCAUGAGUUUGUAGGAGACAGUGAACUCGCUUCUAUAGUCAUUAAUGAAAGUGAGGCAGAAGGAGAAGAUGCUAGAGAAUUCUUGGAAGAUGUUCGUGUUACAUUUCCUGAGGUUUUGCGUGUUGUGAAAACUAGACAAGUAACUUAUUCAGUGCUGAACCAUUUAAUAGAUUAUGUCCAAAACCUUGAGAUGGUUGGCCUGUUGGAAGAAAAGGAGAUGCUUCAUCUUCAUGAUGCUGUCCAGACUGACUUGAAAAGGCUUCUAAGGAAUCCUCCUUUAGUAAAGAUUCCCAAAAUAACUGAUCUGAUUAGCAUCCAUCCCUUGUUGGGGGCCCUUCCUCCUACAGUACGUGAACCACUUGAAGGUUCCACCAAAGGAACAAUGAAAUCACGCGGUGUACCACUUUACAAAGAGGGCGCAAAGCCAAAUGGAGUUUGGCUUAUUUCUAAUGGUGUUGUCAAGUGGAGGAAUAACAGCAUAAGGAACAGGCAUUCUCUGCAUCCAACUUUUACACAUGGGAGCACACUGGGCAUAUAUGAAGUGCUAGUUGGGAAGGCUUACAUCUGUGACAUGGUAACAGAUUCUGUGGUACUCUGUUUUUUUGUUGAAAGUGAGAAAAUACUUUCAGCAGCAAGGUCGGACGCCAAAGUAGAAGACUUCCUGUGGAAGGAAAGUGCUAUUGUACUGGCCAAAAUUUUGCUUCCUCAAAUAUUUGAGAAAAUGGAAAUGCAAGAUUUGAGAGCUCUUGUUUCAGACUGGUCAAUGAUAAAUAUACACUUAAGGGGAGAAAUUAUAGAAAUUCCUCAACAUUGCAUUGGCUUCCUCUUAGAAGGAUUUGUAAGAGCCCAUGUUUUUCAAGAAGAAUUGAUUGUAUCACCUGCAGCACUCUUGCCUCUGCAUGGAAAUCAAAGCUUUGGAAAUGCACAUGGGAGUCAAAGCAUUCAAAAUGAAGAAAUAAAUGGUGCCAGGGCAGCCAGUUUAUCUCAUCAAAGAUCCUGUUAUCAAGUUGAGGCGAGAGCAAGAGUGAUAAUGUUUGAUAUGGCAGCUUUUGAAGCUGAUAGGGCUCUUGUGAGAAGGUCAUCUUCUUUGGUACCACAUACAGGUGAUCAUCCCCAUAGACCUCUAAGCAGAGAACAUGGUCUUAUGAGCUGGCCUGAAAAUUUCUACAAGGAAAAAAUGGAAAAGCAGAAACUUGAAAGUGGACAAGCAAAUAGUUUGCCUGCAAGAGCAAUGCAGCUGAGCAUUUUUGGCAGCAUGGUUGACGUUCAAGGGAAAGCCCACCGUUCUUCAAGCAGUCUGUUCAACCGAUCACAAAGCAUGUUAUUCUCAAGGGUUGCAUCACUUAAUGGCCGUCCGCUUGUCAGCGUUAGAUCAGAAGGAUCUACUACUUUAAGAAAGAACCUUCGGGUGGAAAAGUUUUCACGGACUGUACCAGCUCCCCCACAGCAGAGGACAGACACAGAUGAGAGCCAUGUCUUGGAUUAUUCUAGUGAUGACUCUGGGGCUGAAGAUGAUCACAUAAUAAGAAUUGACUCACCAAGUAACCUUUCUUUCCGCCAGGCUACCUAAAUUUGCUUUCUCAAAUGUCUCCAUUGUAGAUAUAUUGUGUCCACAUGUUCCUACGUUAAACAUCUGAUACAAAGGUAUGUCAUUAUUUAAAAUUUCCAAACUUUUCCUUUGCUUCCAUCAUCUAUGAUAGAAUCAGUUACCUUGUUUUGAUUGUUUA